AUGGAGAAUGCUUCUUACCAGUCAAAAAAUGAAACUAGUGCUAUGGAAAAGUUUUUCUUGAGUAUGUGCGAUACCACAUGCCAAUUGCCGGAAUAUUUGCAAAUGAGAAUACAGCGCCAAAUAUUUAACAUUGUAAUGGAAGCCAAAGAGCAACAUUUAAUGAGAUCAAACUACUCAGACAAUUCUCCAGGUUGUUCAGUUUAUAAUUCACCGGUGGUACUCCUUUCAAACUACAAAACAGGAAUCUACCUACUCUACGACCAGUUUCCGCACAAUCAUCUUACACCUCACCAACACCUGAAGUGUACAAUAUCCCUGACGCAAUGCAAAGUCAAAAUACAGAUUCGGCAGAACAAUCUCUGA